AUGCACGAGGUGAUGCUGUGGGGGCCCCAGGAGGCCGGCGAUGACGGGCACAAUGGGGCGGCUCUGCCCGGCAUUGCCACCUCCAUCCUGCGGUCCAGCGAGCUGGCAUCCUCCAGCCUUGUCCCCAUGGCCAGGGACAGCAUCGAGGGAGCAGCCUGGCUCCCGGCAGACUGGUUCCUCCUGGACAGCCGGACGGUUCGCCACGCUGCCAUCGGCUUGUUCUGCUGCGGGAUCUCAGUCUACCUCACGGUGACGCACAUCUACAUGCUGCUGCUGUUUGAACUGGAGGCCGGCAUUGCCAGCGCCUGCAUUCUCUCCUCCGGCAUCAUCGUCCUGCUGAUCACGGUGACGCACGCCCUGGUACGGGCUUCCCAGGUUUCACGCCGCAGCCGCUCCGAGGUCUCUCACACCCUGUACGAGAACGACUCUGCCCAGCACGGCGAAUCCUCCGCCGGCGAUCUGAACAACAAGAACGUGGCUGCACCCCGGCCCCGGCCCGAGAUCCACCGGGAGUUUUCCUUCCCUCCUUUCCUGGAGCGCAAAUCCCAGCUGGGCUCUCCAGCCAGCAGCAACCUCACCUCCUCGGGCAGCCCCGGGCUUCGCUCCGAGAAGGAGAGCUACAACCUGCCCCGAACACACAGGACGCUGUCGGCAGAGUCAGGCCUGCUGCAGGUACAGGGCAAGCCCUGGAACGGCAUCACCCAGGAGAUGAGGAACGUGCUGUCACGCAAACCUGGAGCCUCGGGCAAGGACUCGACUCUGGUGUGA